GCUACUCGCGCGGUCGUCGCAGUUGAGGAAAGGACCUCGCUCGUUUCGCGUUGCUUGAAGAGCAUUGCAUUGUGAGGUCGAACUUCGUUGCAUCUUUCAUUUCGCUCACCUACACGCAUUACGACGUAGCGUGUGUGAUUGACGUGUAUACAUCACGAGGAUGGCGAUAGUCCAGAUGCUAUUUUUCCUCGGUGCGGCGUUUUUCGCGUUCGCCAAGGUUAGCGCUAUUCCGGCGAAAUACGAUCAACGGCAGGAUGGCGAGAUCAACGGGCACGGUACGAUAAAGAACCUCCUCUUCGUUAUGCUCUUCCCUGGUAGUAGCGGUAAUACUAACGACAUAAGCGAGCUAGCAUGGCAUGCUAUCCAGGCAGCGGUAAAUGCUCGAUCGAAAGGAGCGAUCAAAUCCAAUGAGGAAAUUCGCCAAGAGAAGCCCUAUUCUACGGAAAUUCAGAUAAAUGAGAAUUAUCUAGAUAAAGAAAAUUUGGUCCAAAAAGUAGAAGGAGAUACGAAAACGUUGAAUGUCUUGGAUCAACAACUGGCACCAGUCGAUGAUGGGCAAAUCGAAAAAAUUGACAGAAUCGCGAGAAAUGUGAAGAAUUUCGACUUUCCGAAGAGCCGUGAGGUGCCAGCUCUUCCGGGAUACUUCGCGAACGUAAGGAAGACGUCCAGACCUAAGACAAGAGACAGUGGCCGAGCUCGGAGCGUGGUUGGGAACGUGGUUUGGAAUCCCGACGAUGAACCUGGAAGACCAUCGUUAAAGAAGCAGCUACCUGGGGAAAAGGACGUCGCACUGUAUUCUUCGAACGCUGAGAAAAACGAUGUGUCUCCGCUAUUUGAGGAGAAGCAGCAGGAACUCAGACUGCUGGGCGACGGUGUUGAGAACUGCGGUCCAGGAAGACAUCGCGACGCGUCCGGCGUUUGCCAGUUCGACGAAUCAGCCCCUUCUCUUUAGCUUUAAGUUCCCAUGGCUGUAGAUCUUAAACAUUAAAAUAUAUUAGUUAUUAUCAUGCGAUUAAUUCUCAUACGAUAUUUUAUUUUUUAUUUAGCAUGAAUUUUAUAUCAGAUUUAUUACAUCUGCUGAAAGUAUUUUUUUUUGCUUAUUAGUGCAAAAAUCAUCCCACAUAAAAUGAGAAGAGCAAUGAAUUAUUUAAUUUAGCACGUAAAAUGCGCUGAAUGCGAGAUAAUUAUCGUUUUAUAUAAAAUAUACAUGUAUAAAAGUAUACGAAGAUUUACUGCAUGUAUCUAUUAAGCUACUUGAUCAAUAAAAUACUUAAACGACAA